GUUAGGUGUGCUCUUGUAGCAACGUGAAAGCCGCGUGUCAUUUUUAAUAAAGUUAUAAGUUUAAUUUGUAUAUUAUAAAGUGACAUAAGAGUAAAUUAAUCGAAAGAAGAUCAGUGGAGAGUUGUGCUUUCUUCUCCAUAAAGCAUUUUAUGGCAAGGGACGUGGGGAAAUGAGAAAUAAAUAAUGUUUUUGGGUUAACAAUCCGCCAUCUUGGAAUAAUCUUAACCUUUGAAUAGGAAGAGUUUAGUGACAGAUUUUUGUAUCUACAAUCAUCGGUGGCCAAUUGGCAGUUUUUAGUGAAAAAUGCUGCAAAGACGAUCAUGUACUUUAGUGCUCGGUGUUGUGAUGUGUCAAUGUUGAACAUAUGCAGACACGAAGAGGAGAUCCGUGGCGGCUGCUUUAAGUGCCUGUAAGCGCCCGAGGCCGAAAUGAGUGGCAACCAGAAGCAAGCGGCCGCAGGGGGGCCACAAACACAGCGAUUCGCAAAUCCCAACAACAAUUACCCGCCUUUACAACCACAGCAGCCUCAACGUGCAGAUGGCUUCGCAGUAAGUUCGCCGACCCCCUACCUGCAACAGCCGAAUCAGGGGGGCAACCAGGGACCGGGCCUCAGGGCGGGCAUAGCCCCCACGGGGCCGCCGAACCAGGCCUCCACCCCGCCUAACAGCGACAUCAAGGUGCAAAGUUUGCAGCAGCCUACCUUGUACGUGCGUACUUCGAACCAGAACUACUAUAACCGGUCCCCGCCAGGACCGCCCAACCAACCCGCCAGAAUGCAGAACCACAACAGGCCGCCUCAGCCGCAAAUAUACUCGCAGCCCCCGAACGUGGGCUUCAUGGGCGGCAUACCGCCUCAGAUGUACCUCACGCCCGCCGCCUUCUACAAUUCGGGCGGUCAGCGGCAGCAAAACCUCUUCCAGCCGCUGAUGCACCCGCUGAUGCAUCCGCAAGCCUUCGCGCCCACAAACUACGCCUCACCUCCAGCUACAUAUUACAAUUACAUGGUGCGACCGCAGCAACAGCAGUCGUCCGCGCCGCCAAAUCCCGCCCAGCCUGCGAUACCGAGCCUGCCCAUACAGCAGGCGGCGCCGCAGCACGCGCCGCCCUUCCAGCCGCAACGGCAGGUCAACCGCGGCCGCAGACCCAACGCCAUCUCCAUCAUAGACCCCGACACGGGCAAAGACAGAUUGAACGAGGUGUUCGGCGAAAACUCGCACCCCGCCAGCGGCGAAUCGUCGGCCCGCCAGACGCCGCAACCCGGAAGCGGCGGCCCGCCCGCCAACCAGCCGCACCCGCAGCAGCAGCAGCAACAGCCCAACUCCAAAGAAAUGCAGAACACGUUCGCGCGACAGGUUGCGCAGGCGCUGGGCAGCGACUCGAUAGCGCAGCAGCAGCAGCAGCACCAAAUGGACCACCACCAGCCGCAAUCGGCGGUGGAUUACAGGCACCACCACGAACCGCCGCCGGCGCCCGUGCAGGUGGUGCAGGAAGAUCCGGUGGAUCCCACGCACUACCCCGGACCGCAGCCGGUCCCGGUAUCGCCCUACGAUAUCGCCCAGAGCAGCAAGUUAAAGGUGCAGGCUAAGGAGUUCAUAUCGAACAGCAAGUCGUCGAAAGAGACGACGCCGAUCGUGUCGGCCAACUGCGACGCCGCCGAGGUGACGUUGCCCAGCAAGCCGCCGAAAUCGGACCGCGAGAGUCCCGUAAAGGGCCGCAAGAAGGACCGCGGCGGCGUUGCCGCUCCCACAGCCGCUCCCGCGGCCGAAAAGGAGGCGGCGGCAACCGCGCCGCCGGCCGAAGACAAGCCUUCGGAGGCGGCCGCCGUCGGCUCGACCAACGUCGGCUCGACGCAGCCGGAGAAGAAGAAGGAGGAGGGGAAGAAGGACGCCGCCAAAGGGGCGGACGCCAAGGAACUUUCGCCCGAUGGAGACGGCGCUCACCAAGAAACCGCGAAAUCUAAAAACCAAGCAAACAAGAUAAUCAACCAGCAGCAGCAACAAUCACAAGUUGGCAAACAGACUGGGCAAAAAGGUAACAAUGUCGCCGCUGUGCCGGCGUCGCAGCCCAAGAACAGCAACAGCAAGGGCAGCAAAAAGACCGACCUCAAUCAGAAGGGCGCGAGCAAAGAGGGAACGGACAUGGACGCGAUUAGCGACGUCGCCGUCUCCAACGAGGACGCGACGAACGCGAACGCUAAACCCGCCGCCGCGGACGCGAUCAACGCCAACUCCGUUCAGCCUGCCGCCCCCGCGCCGGCGGCGGCGGCGGAUUUAAACGAAAACACCGCCCCCGCAGCCAAGAGCAAAGAUCCGAUCGCAAUUACGACGACGACGACAAUCAGCAAAAGCGAGAAGCAAUCCAAGCCGAUGUUCGACGUUCUGAGCAUAGUCAAGGAUCAACCGCCUCCCAAAAUUUCGACCGCCCCCCAACCGAAACCCGCCGCUUCCGAGGACGAACCCGACAGAGCUGCGAUCUCCUCCAACGAACGGUUGGUCCAGGCCAAAAACGAGGCCAACGCCAAAGAGACCAACAACUCCAACGCCGACAACCUCAAAUACGAAGACGGUCAAUGGUCGCCCUUCAACAAAGACGGCAAGAAAGUCUACAACAGGGAGUUCUUGUUCAGCCUGAAGGACGCGCCGGCCAGCAAACUGAAGCCCAACAACAUUUACGACGCCAUAUCCUUCGACGAGAACAACAGGAGGCAGCAGGAGGGCAGGUUUUCGUCUUUGAGCGGUAGAGGAACCGAUUUCAGCAACCCGCCUUACAUCAAGUCCAACUCGCAGAAGGGCGGAGUGCUACCGAAACGCAACAGCCAAUCGGGCAAGCUGGGCGGCAGCGGCAAGAACAACAAGAUGCCCGGCAAGCUGUCGAUAUCCCUGUCGAUACGCGACGACGUCAAGCUCAACUUGACCGAGAACGCGUGGAAACCGGCUCGGCUGAACGCGAAGCCGGAAACGGCCAGCGACGAGGACAAGAAGACCGCCGAGCUGUACAAGAAGGUGCGCGGCGUGCUCAACAAGCUCACGCCGCAGAAGUUCGACACUCUGGUGACGCAGGUGCGCACGCUGAAAAUCGGCAACGCCGACCGCCUGCAGGGCGUCAUAGAUCUCGUGUUCGAGAAGGCUGUGGACGAGCCGAACUUCUCGGUCGCGUACGCCUUGAUGUGCAGGGAGCUGGCGCUGAUCCAGGUGCCCACUGCCAACAGCAAGCCCGAAGCGCCGGAGUUUGUCAACUUCAGGAAGCUGCUGAUCACCCGGUGCCAGAUGGAGUUCGAGAAGCAGUCGGUGGACGAGUCCACGAGGGAAGUUAAGAUGAAGGAAAUCGAAGCUACCGCCGAUGCGGACAAGAAGAAGGACCUGCAGUUUGAGUUGGACGAGCACGAUAGGAAAUUGAGGAUGAAGAGCGUCGGCAAUAUUAGAUUUAUCGGCGAACUCUUCAAGCAGCAGAUGCUCACCGUGAACAUCAUGCUGCGCUGCCUGCACAACCUGCUCGACAACAAGGACGAGGAGAGCCUCGAGUGCCUGUGCAAGCUGCUCACCACCAUCGGCAAAGAGUUGGAGACGAAAAACGUGCCGCUCGAGCCGAUCUUCAAGGUGAUGCGCGACAUCGUCGAGCGGCGCUCGAUAAAGGUGAGCUCGCGCGUCAAGUUCAUGCUGCAGGACGUGAUAGACCUGCGCGGCGCCAAGUGGGUGCCGCGCCGGCAGGACGUGAACCCGAAGACGAUCGACCAGAUCCAGAAGGAGGCGCAGGACGAGCAGAACAACAUCGCGGCGAUGAACUCGAUGCCGGCGCAGCGCAAGGACGACCGCGGCGGCGGCGGGAAUCAGAACUCCAACUCCGGGGAUAGAGGCGGCGGAGGGAAGCAGCGCAAGAACAACGUGGGGGACGACGGGUGGAUACAGACGGGGAGGAACCACCGCGCGCAGCAGCACUUCAGCGUGCAGAGCGACAAGCUGAAGAGCAAGCCGCCGCAGAUGGAGGAGAUGUCGCUCGGUAGCGCCAACUUGUUCAACACCUGGGGAAAAGGUUCUAACAUUAAAAAUGUGGUGGCUCCGCCGAUGGGGGCGCAAUCGAACAACAUCUACGCCGCGCUGGAAAAGGAGGCAAGCGAUUCGUACACGCAAGAGAAGAAAUCCGGCGGCGGCAACAGACGCGACGCGUACCACUCGAAAGGCCACAGCCUCGAGCGGAACUCGUCGCAGCGCGGCGGCUACGACGGCCGGGCGCCGCCCCCGCAGCAGCAGCAGCAGCACCGCGGCCCCCCUCAGCAGCAGCAGCAUCAGCAACCGGCCGCUCCCGUGCCCGCCGCGGCGGCUCCGGCGGCGGCCGUCGCCCCGCCUCCGGCCGCCGUCAAGCCGCCGCAGGCCCGCGAGCAGCUGUCCGAGGAGCAGCUCGAGCGGCGGUUCAAGAACGCGCUCGACGAGUACGUCAGCGACAACAUCGGCGUCGACGAGUUCGAUCAGGAGAUCAGGGCCUGCGUGCCCGACGACUACGUGCCAAAGCUCAUCAACAACUGCAUCUGCAACAUUCUGGAGAAAACGAGACCGGCUCGCGUAAAAACCGGCGAACUCCUGGCCAACCUCAUCAAACUCGACACCGUAUCGCUCGAGAGCUUUUCCACCGGCCUGCAGGAAACGUUCGACAUCGCCGACGACAUGGUCAUCGAUAUUCCGAUGUUCUGGCAAUACCUGGCCGAAAUUUUGCACUCUCUGAUUUGCAUGGAGGUGCUGCCGCUGACCAGGCUGCACAAGAUGCUCGAAGGUCUCGGCCAGGACCACCAUUACAGGUUCGUGGGCACGUUGCUUUUGACCGUGGCCGAGGCCAAAGGUCAGGGCUUCCUCAAGAGCCUGUGGCAGGUGUCGCAACUCAGGCUGACUGACGUCACUGGCGGCAAGGAGCCGGAAUCCUUCGUCAGAGACUUUAAAUUGGAGUUCCUAAAUGAUGCCAACACGCCAGCGGGCGAAGGCGAAUUCACUUACGACCAAAUUCAGGCCAAACUCACGGAAUUCUUCAUCAACAAGAAGAAUGUCGACGAAAUCGGCAGUUGGAUUGGUGCAAACGUGGGCGACAGGGUGAAAGAAAACAAAUUCAUCCGCGCUUUAGUGACCGCCAUUUUGAAGGACAGCAUCAAAAAGGAUUCUCUUAGCGUGGAAAUCUUCCACCGUCAUUUGGUGCUGCUGCAAAAGUACAUCGACAACAAUUCCGAGUCCGAGCUCCAAUGUCUCUACGCGGUGCAGAGCCUCGUCAACGAGAUGGAACAUCCGAAAGGUCUUUUGUUAUCGAUAGUAAAUAAUUUGUACGAGCCGUGGGCGAUUUCCCUGGAAAGUUUCCUGGCUUGGGAAGCCAGCACCGAUCCUGCUGAGCAGGCUGGAAAAGGUGUGGCCCUCAAGCAGCUGAACCAGUUUUUAACCGAACUGAAGGACGACCAGGAGGACUCGAACUCGGACGAAUAGCGUUCGGCCGCGCCCGCGCCGGCAACCUAACAAAACAAAAAGAACUAUUUUUUCAAAUAUCUAACUCCUAAGUAUUGGUAACAAACAAACAAGCAAAGACAGUUAAGUGAAUUUAAGUGCGACCCCACGAGACAAUUAGUUAAAAAAAAAUAAUAAUAAAUUUAUACAAAUUGUUUAUAUAUAAAUAUUAUACAAGAUGUUUAAUAGCGAAAAAAUUGACGAUGAGUGCGCGCGCGCAGUGACUUUAAGUUCAACAAGUGCCCCUCGGACUUUGGACCGUAGAGACCGAAAAAAUUCAAAGUGAUUUUUAUCGAUUACGAAAUUGAGCAGAGUGCAACCGGGCCCAGUGGAAUCGGUUUUACUUUAUAUAUUUAUAUUUUAAUAUUCUUUUAUUACUGUUUAUAGUGACGUCGUUGUUUUCUUUUUACUACUAUUAUUAUUACACAUUAUUAUUAUUGAGGAAAAUAUAAACACCUUGGUCGAUUUUGAACAGCGGAGCAGGUUUUCUGGGCCCGGGCGAAUUAAUUAAUUUUGUUAUUUUCGAUCGAUUAAAAAAUAACGAAAAUGUGCAGCCCCCGCCCCCACCCGAUAUAAUAGUUCAGUAAGUUCCAUAACGAUUAAUUGUCUUUCUGUAUAAUUAAAUAUACAGCUGCCAAGUUCAGUUUUAGAUUUUUAAUUUUGUUUUCUAACGAAACUGAAACUGCAAAGUGCGACUGUAUCUAGUCAGAAUUGAUUCAAUUAAUUUGCCAGUCAAAUUGCAGUUCAACAUGGCACAUCAAACCAUUACCAAAGGUUCUCGUUGUUUUUUUUUAAUUAAUUAAUUAAUCAAUCAAUUUUUUGGUUAAUGUAAAAUAUGUAUUUAUUUUCUUUUUUAUUACUAUUAUUAUUAUUAUUAUUAUUGAAUUUUUAAUAGCACCGGCCGUUUGGAGCAACCCGCAUCAAAAAUGACCGCCAUUUUGCUCAACAAUUGCAAAAAAAGUUUUUUGCGGUAGGCAACAAUUAUUACAAAUCUAGCUCCAUCUUUAAACUUUGUUGUGCCAAAAUUUCAACAAAAUCAAAAAAAUUCUGCAGUAAAUUUGCAGUUUAGAUUUUUUUCGAAAUUUGUUGAUAAAAAUCAUUUUAGGUCAGUUUUCGUUAAUUUGUCAUUUUCUUUUAAAAACAUGAAUGAUCACUUAUCAGAAAUGAAAAAAAUUUCAAAAAAAUCAAAAUUGCAAAUUAACCAUGGACAAAAAAAAUUAUGUCGCAAAUUCUGGGGGUUUAAAAUCGGUCAAAAGUGAAAUUUUGAUGAAAUUGACAGUUUUGUGCAAAAACUCGAAAUUUCUGCGUUUUCAACAAUCAUUACAAAUCUAGCUCCUAUAAUCUUUAAAGUUGUUCCAAAAUUUCAAUGAGAUCAAAUAAAAAUUGUCAAAGUGACAUUUUUAUUGCCUACAGUUAAUUUUCAAUUUAAAUUUUUCCGAAAUUUUAGGAUAAAAAUCAUUUUUAGUCGGUUUUCGUUCAUUUGUCAUUUUUUUUCAAAAAAAAAAUUAAUAAUCAUUUUAUCAGAAAUUACGAAAAAACUAAAACUGACCAAAAGUGAUUUUUAUCGAAAAAAAAUCAAAAUUGCAAAUUAACCAUAGACAAAAAAAGUCAACAUUGGCAGUUCAGUCAUUUCCGCAAAAAACUAUCUAAAACGACCUUUGGACAGUUCAGUACCCUGGUAAUACAAUCAAUAUUCAAUGUAUACAGCAAAUCAAUUUUUUCACUUUAUUAUGGGUUUUUAUUUGCGUAAAAACGCGUAAUAAAAUAAUAAAACGGAUAUGUUUAUUUUUUCGAUUACAUCAUAAUGAAAAACCACCAUAAAGAACAAUACAAUCGUAGUUUUUUCCAAUUGAGGUUAUGUUACAAUGUUGAUUUCGUCUUAUGUUUUUUGGGUCUUAAUUUAUAACCUAAAAAAUUCAUGCAUUGUAUUGUUAAAAUGACAGAUAUAUAACUUCAAUUAUUUAAAUGUUUCAGAGUGAAAAUUAAUUUAUCAAGGAUAGUUAAUAUUUUUAUUUACUCAAUUUUGAAGAAAAGAACUAAAAUUUUUCUUGGAGCUAAGCCAAACUCAAAUUAAAAAUUUAAUGAAUAAAAUGUUUAUAUAAAUUUACUUCUACACUAAAGUUGAUUUAAUAACUUGAACACUUAUUAUCAACUUUUGUAUGGAAGUAAAUUUAGUUAUAUCGUAUUAUUUCGGUCUGAGGAAUAUUUGGUAUAAUUUUGUUACACAAUGAAGUAGAAAGAUGGCGCUACAAAUCUUGUAAACUUUAUUAACAAUACUAUGAAUUUUUAACAAUGCCAAGGACCAUAUUGAAAACUUACAUACACGAAUUUGAAGAGCAAAAUGGCGGUAACUUUUGACCGAGCUUUCCAAAAUUACCUUUUGAGCUGGCCGGUGCAGUUAUCGCAAUAGGCUGUUGUGUUGAAUGCCAACAUAAACGGACUUGAUUUUGUUUUUCGGUUGAAUCGACUAAAAUCGAGGGUAUUUUUGUAUAGAAACAGUUGACGUGUAAAUAUUCCAAGCAGAAUAUUAAUUUGUUUGUGUACAUACCUAGUUAAAUGAUCGGUUUGUGAAACCGCUCCGCCCUCUGUACAUAAAACGUUUGUUGUUUUUUUGUACCGUCUGUGUUAAAAUUUCAAUUUGGCUGGCGCAAAAUGCAUGAAGAGAUGAGUUUGAAGAGACGCUGCCGAAUGUGGCAGCGCCUUCCGACUGAGUAAUAAUUACGUGUAAAUACUAAAGUUAAGUUGAUUUUCGCUCGGGGCUUCUGAUGUCCCAAAUCUCGACUUGUUAUAAAUAUUAUUAUUAUUAUUAUAUUGUACCCAUAAUUUUUAGUAUAUUUUAUUAAUUAUAUAAAAAAUGAAAAAAUUAAGAAAUUGUAUUGUAUAGUUCGAUAUUCCCCGAUCUGGGACAUUGAGGAACUCGCGAGUUGUACAUUUUUUAUACUGCUAUAAGAAACUGAGAGAAAAAAACGGUUUCCCAGGUGGUGCUAUAUAAGAUAUGAUCAGGACAGGGACAACAUUAUUUAAACGGUUGGUCGGUUUUUAAAUGCAAACCACUCGGAAAUGAUGCAGCAGGUUAACGGUUUUUUUUCCUUGAUUUUAUUUCUGUCAUUCAUUAAUUAAGAAGAGGUCGAUAAUUUUACGGAGGAAAAACUCUGCCAAAACUGUUAACGAUUAUAAAACGAUGCUAUGACAAAAACCCAGGCAACUGACAUUAAUAAAAGAGAAUACCAACAAUCUUCA